UCUGGCAUCAACAACAGGUUGGCUGAAUAUGAAAAGAAGGGAGCGGGUUGACAAACGAAACACGAUAUCGAGUUUGAAAAAUACCUACCUGUUUGAAGGGAGUGUUGAUUCGUAUUUAUCCCCAGUCAGUCUCGUCCUGCCACAGGUACACUGCUACUUUGCCUGCUUCUGCGUGGAAUCAUCCCCUCCUUUAAACCCGGAUCAUCAGCGUCCUCAUCCUCCCCGAGGGCGUCUACUUGCUUCACGAUGACCAACGAUGACCUCCCCAUCGCGUUACGGCGCGCACGCCGUAGCAUGCCCGCACCCGCCCAUGAGCCCUCACCAGCUCCAGCACCAUCCCAAACACCACGCAAAGCACCAAAACGCCGAGUCCGCUUCUCAGACCCAGGCCCUUCAUCAGUAGCAGCAGCAACAACACCACGAACAACCCGCAUCGUCUCAACAGGCCUCACACCCAUGAUCAACCGCACAUCUCUAUCACGAGGCGGAGUGGGAGGCACCCCAUCAUCCUCGCGCCGCCGUCACUCCAUGCCAAAUGCACCCUCCGGCGCGGCAACAGACCUGCCCCCAAGCGGCGAAGUCCACUUCCUCCCCCUCCGCCAAGUCCUCUCAGGCCGCGUCCAGCGCCGCAUCCGCCGCAAUGGCCUCAGCGAAGAAAUGAACACCAUCACAGCCGAAAAGCGCGCCAACGCAAAGGAAGCCAAGGAACAACUCCAACUUCUCCGCGAUCAACUCCGCCAAAAGGACGCGGAAAUCUACGAGCUGCAGAAUGCGACCAUCAUUCUCGACACAGAGCGUAUCUGGGCCCUCGAAAAGGAAGUCGAUGAUCUCAGAACCCAGCUCUCGGACAGGUCCCCCGCGGCGAUUGCGUCCGCUGCUAGGCAGAAGAGCUGUUUCGACUGGACGCUCGCGGCGCGGGACCCGUUUGCUGAUGACUUCAUGGAGACGGAUACCGUCGAGGCGGAGUCUGUGUGCGGGGAGAGGGUGCAGUAUGCUGAUGAGACGGUGUUUGGGGAGGCGACGAUGGCGGAGAUGGAGUGUAGUACGCCCACGCGGGUGAGGUCUUCGUUCUUGACACCGCCGUUGACGAGUCCCGUUGCCGCUGGGCCCUCAACGCCUUCUUCUCAUCGAGGGAAGCAGAGGGUUGUGGUUUCGGCGCCGUCGGAUGUUGGGGUGCAGGCCGAUUUCCCUGAUCCUGAGAAGGAGCGGCUCGAAGAGGAGGUGGCUUCUCUGAGGCUGGAGAUGUCGAAGCUUACUGGGACGUUGGAGUCUUACUCUGCUUUAACCGACCGACUAUCCCAGAAGCUUUCUUCCAUCCCGCCGGAGGAGACAGCGUCAGAUUAUUCCAUCGCCACAAUCGAGACGCAAAUCACAGCGCUUCUACGCACCAUCUCCGACCGUACCGCCGCGCUGCAGGAUCUCAACACAUCCCUCUGCGCCCUAGGCUUCCCCGGCUCCGACGGCGCAGAGAUCGUAACCUCCCUCUCGGCCGCACUGCGCACAGCCCGCCUGGAGCUGGAGUACCUCACCCCAGGCGAAAUCACCCUCCCCCUCUCCUCCCGCGGUGCAGAGGUCCUCGACCUUCUCCUCACGCGCCUACGUGAUCUCGCGAAGCGCGCAAAAGAGGAUGAGGCGUCGAUUGACGAGUACCAUGAGCUAGAGCUCUCUCUCCGCCAACAACUGGGUGCGCGCGUUGCCGUGAUGGGUGACUUGGAAAAAGAGCUUAAACGCGCAAAGGAGACGAUCACGGAGAAGGAGGGCCGCGUUGGCGAGCUUGAGUUUAGCGUUGAGAGGCUCAAGGGCGCGGUGGCGGGCUACGUGCGUGAUAUCACCGAGUUAGAUGGCGUUGUAGGUCGCAUGGAGAGCGAGAAUCGCGAUGCUAUGGCGACCAAGGACGCGCAGGUUGAAGUUGGGAGGCGAGUUCUGCGCGCCAAGGAGGACGUCAUCGCGAAGUUGGAGACGAAACUCGCGGACGCGGUGGCGCAGGGCCGGUCGCUGCGGAAGAGGCUUACGGUGGCGGAGGAAGCGAGGACGAAGGAGGUUGCUGAGGUGACUAGGCGGGGCGGAGCUGCGCUCGCGGGGCGGGAUGCGAGGGUUAGGGAGUUGAGGGAGGAGUUGGAGAGGGUGAAUGCUGGGUUGAGGGCUGCGCAUGAGGGGAUUAAGGAUUUGAGGGUCGAGAAGAGGGGUUUGGAGGGUGAGAUGGUGAGGGAGAGGGAGGCUGCGAAGGGGGUUAUUGAGGGGAUGAUGGUGGAGUUGGAGAGGGUUGUUGGGAUGAGUCGGGAGUUUUUGGGACCCGGGGCGGAGGAGACCGGAGUGGAGUGUGCGGGGCCGGGAAGUGGAGUCGCCGGCGGGUCGGAGACGGGUGCGAAGAGGGGUCUGCUUGCGGGGGAUUUGGCGCGGAGGUCGUCGGGCAGGAAGAGAAGAAGGUAUGACAGCGGCCUGGGAUUCCUGGAAGAGGAUGAGGUUGAUGCAUGAAGCUAGCUGUGCGAGCUUUGGAUUGAAGCAUUACAUGCGUGUCUGGCGCACGAGAAUCGCUCACAUCAUUUAGAGGAGGGCGUUUUGGCCCAUGUUUCAAUCGUUUGCCGGUAGUCGCGGCGGUAAUUCUUUUGUCGCUUGUAAACUUAUCUUUGCUUUCGCCGGGCUUGGGUAGACGAACGGGCGGGGCGUUGGAAUGUAACGGGAUUCAAUUUGAGCUUUUAGCUUGACGCAUGCGCAUACACGUGGACCACAUCGCUGAAGACAGCUUUAAGCUUGAUCGUGUCUGGUAGCAAUUGAAGCUAGCUAAAGUGGAAAUGUUGCAACUGACCUUUGUGAGCGAUCGACCGUCUAGACGCUUCGCCAUCGCCAAGUUGUCAGAUUUUGCGCAAUUGAAGCCAUAUCCAGAUCAUAGAUGUCAUCUAAGCACUAGUGUUCGUUCGUCUCUCC